CCUCUGCAUUCGUUCACUUCCUGUUUGAUGCUUCAUCAUCUUCAGCUCAGUAGAGGAGAACUCUGACAGAACCGAGUCAAACCAACAUGUCUGGGUUUUUGAGGACCAUCACCAGCCGAGCAGCUCAUGUUCUGCGGGGACACACACAGAGGGCCAACCUCUCCAGCAAACCAGCCAAAGAGGUCAUCGGUGCGGUGGAGACCGGUGUGGGUCUGGGCCUGUUCUCCCUGGCCAUCCUGGGUCCAUCUGGGUGGAUCCUGGCCCACUUGGAGGACUACAAGAAGAAGGACUGAGGUGGUCUUCAGCGGUCUGGGUGUCCUGGUGGAUCCAUCCUCCUGUGUGCAGGGACAAGCGGACCCACCUAGACCCAAGUGGACCCACCAGGACCCUGUUCCUGCUCUACCUCUGGACCCUGUGUUCCCUCUAAAGUGACUCUGUUUUCUUCAACACAUUUAAAAUAGGUCGUACAUGUUCCCACACAAGGAGGAUGUGAAUCAAUAAACUGUGUACAAGAA